CCCGCGGCCAGGCUCAGCUCUCGAGCUGGCUCCGCGGGGCCCCUGCGGGCGGUUUUGUCCCGAUGGGUCGUUAGCAGUGCGUUCAGCCCAGCGGAGCAGGCCCAGGCUUACCCUCCUCCAAAGACGCUGUCGCAGGCAUGGCCCACGGCCGCUCCCACAAACGCGGCAGGAGCCGCAGCCGCAGCAGCUCCCGAGGGCCAGAGCGGGCCGAGAGGAGGAGGAGGAGGAGGAAGAGCAGUAAGGAUGCUGGAAGGAGCCCCUCGGCCUCAGGCUCUCAGGGCCUGAGGACCAGCCUGGCCCCAGAUGGGGAAGAGAGAAGCAGGGACAAAGCCCGCAAGAGAAGGCGGCCCAGGUCCUCCUCCUCCUCCUCCAGCUCUUCUUCCUCCUCUUCCUCCUCCUCCUCCUCUUCCUCCUCCUCGGGGGCUUCCAGUGCGGGCAGGAGGAAGCGAGGGAAGCGCAAGGACAAGAAGGGCACCAAGAAGGCAAAGAAGAGGCUGAAGAAGAAGAAGAAGAAGAAGGAGAAAGAGAAGGCGGCCAGGGCCAAGGCCUCGGAGGAGAUGCCGGGCCCCUCGCUGGACCAGUGGCGCAAAGAGCCCCUGCUGGAGAGCGGCCCAGUCCUGACAGAUGAGCAGAAGUCCCGCAUCCAGGCCAUGAAGCCGAUGACCAAAGAGGAGUGGGAUGCCCGGCAGAGCAUCAUUCGCAAAGUGGUGGACCCCGAGACCGGCCGGACAAGACUCAUUAAGGGGGACGGAGAAGUUCUGGAAGAAAUCGUAACCAAAGAGAGACACAAGGAGAUCAACAAGCAAGCCACCAGGGGGGACGGCUUGGCCUUCCAGCUUCGUGCAGGUCUGUUGCAGUGAGAGCCCCCCAGCCUCCUUCCUGGACCUCCCGGGCCCCCGGGCCUGCCCCGACCUGCCGGCUCACCCUGGGGACGAUGCUGAGGCUGGAAGACGGUUCCACCGGCCUGAUGGAGAGCAGCUGCCUAGGCCGGGGUGGCCGCUCCCUGCAUGGGAAGAGGAGCCCCGCCUGGGGCCGUCUGGCUGGCCUCGCCCUCCUCUUCCCCAGACUUGGGCCCCUCUGAGAAGCCAGCACCCAAGGGGAGCCGGGCGGGGGCUCGGGGCCCUCCGGUCUGGCGGGGCUUCGGCAGCAUGGCAUGGCUUCAACCCUCGUCCCCCCCUGCUCCCGGCAAUAAAGCCAGCCCAGCCUCA